AUGGCCGCAUCUUCAACAGAUUCCGGGCAGGGCUCCACCAAGAUAACUCCAGAAGUUUUGCAGGAGAUGCUCCAGCUGUACAACAUGAGUCGCCAGGAGUUUAUCAACACUUACAACAUCCAGCCGCUCGUUUACAUCCCAGAGUUACCGUACAGCGCCAAGACCACCUUUGUGAUCAUGUACAUGCUCAUCUUCCUGCUGGCUCUGGCUGGGAAUAGUUUGGUGAUCUACAUAGUUUUGAAGAAGCGUGCGAUCCAGACUGCCACGGAUAUUUUCAUCUGUUCUCUGGCGGUCAGCGACCUGCUCAUCACUUUCUUCUGCAUCCCUUUCACUUUGCUGCAGAACAUCUCCUCUGAAUGGUUCGGAGGUGUUCUGGUUUGCAAGACAGUUCCCUUUGUACAGACUACAGCCAUAGUGACAGGCAUCCUCACUAUGACCUGUAUUGCCAUUGAGAGAUACCAGGGCAUUGUCUUCCCGCUGAAAAUGAGGAGACAGUACUCAUCCAAAAGAGCAAACAAGAUGCUAGGACUGGUAUGGCUCGCUUCAGUAAUUGUGGGUUCACCAAUGCUGUUUGUGCAACAGCUAGAGGUGAAGUAUGACUUCCUGUAUGAUCACUACCACGUGUGCUGUCAGGAGAGUUGGCGCUCUCACACUCACAGGCAGGUGUACACCACCUUCAUCAUGGUAGCGCUGUUCCUGCUCCCGUUGGCGGCCAUGCUUUUCCUCUACACGCGUAUUGGCAUCGAAUUGUGGAUCCGCAAGAGGGUCGGCGAUUCCUCCGUCCUCAACACCAUGAACCACAGGGAGAUGGUUAAGAUGGCAAGGAAAAAGAAACGAGCGGUAAAAAUGAUGAUCACCAUCGUCCUGCUUUUCACCAUUUGCUGGGCCCCAUUCCACACGGUCCACAUGUUGUUUGAAUACAAUGACUUGGAGAACAAAUAUGAUGGAGUUACAGUCAGUAUGAUACUCGCCAUCGUUCAGGCCAUGGGGUUCUUCAACAGCUUCAACAACCCCAUCGUGUACGCCUUCAUGAACGAGAACUUCAAGAAGAGCUGCGUCUCCACCCUGUCCCACUGCAUCAGGAAGCCUGACCAGCAGAUCGCAGCGGCGGCGCCUAAACUGACCGUGCAGUUCAUCAAACCUCAGAGCAGAGAAGCCUUCCUGAGGACAGAUGAAGGCGAUAGCUCCAAGCAGAACUCUGCAGCGAAAGGACCUUCAAGUUCCUCUCUUGGAGAGAGCUUGAUGGAAAUAAUCGGGGAAAAGGUCUCUACCAUCCAAACAGAUCUCCCGGCAAACGACUCCUCUCAAGUCAAAUGAGAACUGGCUCAAAGUUCUGGUGAGCGACCGUUGAACACCAUCCUGUUGGCUGUAAAUCAACCAGCUGGGGAUGAGUCAGAUGUGGUUUCAUGCCUCACAGUUUUGGUUCGAAGACCCAAAAAAGUCCAAUAGCUUGGGAAAGGUGCAAGAGGCAAUAGAAUAUUAUUUUUGUUGUGGUGGAGAAAAAGCAGGACGGAAUACCAAUGACAGCAUUUUUGCGAUAAAGAGGACUGUCCUUGGAGCCAUCCGUACCAGCGGUCUGACAAUGAAAUUGUCAUUUAUUUUGUAAAUAGAGGUAAAUGUCUAAAGUCUGCAGGAAAUUCAUCCCCUCUUAGUGGGAACUUAUUCAGUGAUAUGUUGGAGGGAACUGUUGAGAAAACGGCAAAUAAAGCACACUCACUUUACUGAGCCAUAUGCCUUUUAGGCAGGAUGAUCAGAGACACUGCUCUCACUUAUCUUUCAGUUGAACAAUUUAUAAUUUCAUGUAAUGUAAUGUUCUCCUACAAUGAGCAGUUGGGGUCAAUAGACAGCCCUUGUACAGUUCUAUUUAAAAGUGGCCCUUAAUCACCAUUAAGGAUUUAGUCAGCCAUAACGUGUUAUAGUUAAUUGGAGAAUAAAACAGAUGUAUUUAUAUGUGCAUUGAAAUUGUGCAACCUUAUACGACACGUAUUUAAUUUGAUCAGAAUCUCCUUCUAUUGUUUUAUGUCUUGUCCUUGUAUGUUUCUUUGUAAAGCGACAUUGAGGUUAUGAAAGGCGCUAUAUCAAUUCAAGUUAUUAUUAUUAUUAUUAUCACUUUAUACAAUUUUUUAGAACAAAUUCAAACAAAAAGCAUAAAUAAUAUGCCCUGAAAGGAUUGCUGCAUUACACACACAAGGGACACAAUUAGUUUUUAUGUUGUUUGCUCAAUGGUGCUGUGGAAUAUUUUUGUAUUGUUGAUAUAUAAAUGUAACUUAAGUGAAUGUUAUCACUUUGGUGCAUCUCCAAAGUUAGCUAGACGUCCUGUGAUGAUUUGUUUGGUAACAACAGCUUGGCUUUUAGCUUCUAUACAGGGCUCUAUGCAGAUUGUCUUAUUAAAGCUGUCGCUUUGUUUUUAAAUGCAGAUCGCUAGACUAGAAUGCCAGUAGCUUUAGUUCAUGGCUUGUGUCACACAAGUCCUUGAACAACUGUGUCAGUGGCAUUUUAUACCGUGUGCUCAGUCUCUUAUGCAAGAAACUAAUUUAUUAGAUGACUUAUUGUAACUUGUUUCUUUCUUUGCGGCAUAAAUAAAAAUGGGGUAUUUUAAAUAAAGGACUGUAUGAACAUGACUUGAGUAGGGAGGGGGUGAACCCUAAUGUUUCACUGUUUAAUAAACCAAGGCAUUCCCCGGGGCAAUUAGUAUUUUGAAUUGUAUUUGUUGUGACAUUUCGACAUACUACACUACAAUAUUUUUGCUGAUAUUUUUGAAAUAGUAUACCAUUACUUUUUUUCCCCGACAUACAAUACAAGGUUAUUUUUCCCUGAAAUGUUCAACAUACUGCAACAUAAUGAUUUUUUCUAAUAUUUUUGACACAUACUAUAGACUUUUUUCCGAAAUACUAUACUUCUACUAUAUAUUUCAGACAUACAAAUAAAUUAAAAAAAAUUAUAUUUGAAACUUUGUAAACAAACAUCGAGUCAAUGUCCGGUAAUGAUCUGACCUCACCGAACCUCACAGGGUUAAAACAGUGUCUUGAAA